AUGUCGUCGGUAUCCAAGCCACCAGCUGGGCAUUUCAACGUUCUCUUCUUUGCCAGUGCCAGUUCCUUUACUGGCAAAGACUAUGAAGCCCUACCAGCCACUAUGCCACUCAGCAAGCUCUUCACCGAGCUGGAGACCAGAUAUCCUGGCAUCAAAGCCAAAAUUCUCGAUUCGUGCCUCGUCACUGUCAACCUCGAUUAUGUAGACUUGCCCAGCGAGGAGGGUGCUGAAGACACGGUGAUCCAGGAAGCAGACGAAGUGGCAAUCAUCCCUCCCGUCAGCUCUGGUUAA